AUGGCAGACCAUCAAGACACGAAAGACAUCACCAAUGUCACCACACAACUACCAGAAGAUCCCGCGCACGCGGAAACCGGCGAUGAGCCGGACGUCGCCAGCAUCGAGCGCAUCUACCGAAAAUUGGACUACCGCAUAAUCCCCCCCUUCUGGAUCCUCUACUUCCUCUGCUCUGCAAUCCGCUCCAACGUCGGCCUUGCGCAGACUAUGAACGAAGAUGCCGGACACGACCUGGGCACUGUGUUGAAUGCAACCCCGCACCAGAUCUCGACGGGUCUCGCGCUGUUCUACGUGUGCUAUGUGGUGUUUGAUCUGCCGUCGAAUCUGAUCAUGACGAGACUUAGUCCGCAUGUCUGGAUGAGUCGGAUUGUCGUUAGUGUGGGUGUUAUUGGGGCUUGUAUGGCUGCUAUGAAGGCGGCUUGGAGUUUAUAUUUGCUCCGCCUCCUCCUCGGAAUCGUCGAAGCAGGCCUCUGGCCCGGCAUGUCCUACUACCUAACCCUUUUCUACCCGCCCUCACGAACCGGAAAGCGCAUCGGCCAAUACUACACCGCAGCGCAAAUCUCCGCCGCAGUCGUGGGCCUCGUAUCAGCAGGAUUCCAAGGCAUGGAUGGUGACCGCGGCCUAGUAGGCUUCCAAUGGAUGUUCCUCAUCUACGGGCUCGUCACAAUCGUCGUGGGAUUCGUUCUGCUCUGGUGGCUACCCGAUCGACCAGUCGCCCCUGGGUCCCCCGAACAAGAGAAAACGAAAUACUUCGGAGUGAUCCCCCGCAGUUCCCCCGCGCUCUCUGGCGCAGAUGCACUAGCCCACUACCACGAUCUGCGCCGCGUGUACCAUCGUCCGCGCUGGACAUUGCGUGACCUUGCUAAAGUCUUCCUCGACUGGCGCCUCUGGCCGCUACUCAUAAUGUACUUUGGCGUCGUGGGCGUGGGUAUCGGGGUGCAGAACUACAGUACCAUUAUCAUCCAAGCAACCAACCCCUCCCUCUCAUCGGUCGAUCUAUCUCUGCUUUCAGCACCGAUUUGGUUAAUGGAUCUUCUUGCUAUUUUACUUAUCACGCCUAUUUCGGACCGCUUCCAUAGACAUCGUGCGCUGUUCUUCUCGGGGCCGGUUGUGUUGCAGAUACUGGGACUCCUGCUUAUGACAUAUGCCGGGUCUGAUGCGAAGCCAUGGCCCCGGUAUGGUGGGUUGUUGAUUGUGGGGUUUGGGCUUGGUCCUACUGUGCCUAUUACUAUGACUUGGACGAAUGAGCUUUUCCAGCCUAGGCAUGGGGAGGUUGGUGUUGCGGCAGCUUCCGCCGUGGUGUCUGGAUGGGGAAACUUGGGGAGUAUCCUGACAACCUAUGCGUUGUAUACUGGUUGGAAAUCGGAUGCUGAGGCGCCGGGGAUGGCCAAGUAUCGCAAGAGUAACUUAGUUAUGGUUGGUAUUCUGUGUGGCAGCAUUCUGGCUGCCUUCUUGAUGCAAUUCUUGGUUUGGUUCGUGGACCGAAAGAACCCUGUCUCUACAACAACCGGUCAAGAUGACAUUGUCGAUGGCGCUGCGCGUCGAGAAGCCGACCAGAGAGGACUCCGCGGUCUGGGCUCGAGUCUUACCAAAAUCCUACCAAAGAAAUAG